AUGACCGACACAGAAAAGCACCUGGAAGGCGGCCACGGGUCCGCGAGCGUCUCGACUCUGCCGGCGGGGACGGACCUCAAGCGGCGCGAGAGCCAUGCGCACGAGUACGGCACCGAGGUGGAGAUGGAGCGCAACUUCUCGUUUCUGUCGUGUCUCGGUCUGGCAUUCGCCAUGCUCAACUCGUGGAACGCAAUGACCGCGUCGUUGCAGCUCACACUGCCGUCUGGCGGGCCCGUGGCCGUGGUGUGGGGCCUGCUGGUCGCUGCGUUCGGUACCAUGAUGAACUGUAUAUCAUUUGCCGAGGUGUGUAACGCGUUCCCGAUGUCUGGCGGUCAAUACGACUGGACCUACAUCAUUGUGCCCGCGCCCUUCCGUGGCAGCCUCUCCUUCUUCGUUGGCUGGAUGGCCACCGCCGGGUGGAUCUCGCUGGCCGCCACCGCAUCUCAGCUGGGCGCCAACUACGUUGCAGGCAUUAUUGCGCUGUGGCACCCAUCGUUUGAGAUCCAGACGUGGCAGUUCUUCCUCCUCUACGUGGCGUUUACGCUCUCGUCGUUCCUCCUCAACGCGUUUGCCGUCCGUCUCCUGCCGCUCGUGGACCGCAUCGCGGGCCUGUGGGGGUUUAUCGGCUUUGUGACCGUCGCCAUCACGCUGCUGGCUUGUUCGAGCGGCGACUUCAACUCGGGCGAAGAGGUGUUUACGACGUUUACCAACGAGACGGGUUGGCCCGACGGCAUGGCGUUCAUGCUGGGCCUGCUGCAGAGCUUCUUCGGGUUGACGGGGUUCGAGGCCGUGAGCCACAUGAUUGAGGAGAUGCCGCAGCCGUCCAAGAACGCGCCAAAGGUUAUGAUGACGUCCGUCCUGCUCGGAUCGUCGACGGCCUGGAUCUUCCUCGUCAUCUACCUGUUUGUCGCGCAGGACCUCGAGUCUGUCAUGACCGCGACCACCGGCCCCGUUCUGGCAGUGUACCACCAGGCCACGUCCUCGCGCACGGCUGCCACGUGCUUGGUCAUGUUCAACCUCGGCUCGAUGCUCUUUGCCGGCCAGGGCCUGACGACCAUUGCCUCGCGCAUGGUGUGGUCAUUUGCGCGUGACCGCGGCAUGGGCCCCGCUUCCCCGUGGCUCGGCGCCGUCCACCCGACAUUCAAGAGCCCCCUGUGGGCCGUCGUCUUUGUGGCCUUUUGGAUCCUGGCGUUUGGGUGUAUCUCGCUGGGCUCGUCCGUCGCGCUCAACGCCAUCGUGUCGGCGUCUGUCGUCCUCUUGCAGAUCUCGUACAUUGUGCCCAUGGCAUUCCUCAUCGUCCGCGGUGGAGACAUUUACGAGGGCUACGAGCAGAGCUGGAGCCUGGGCCGGUGGCGCCGCCCCAUCAACAUCAUCGCCAUGGCCUUCCUCCUCGUCACGACCGUGUGCUUCAUCUUCCCGCCGUUCAUCCCCGUAGCGGGCUCGACGAUGAACUAUGUCAUUGUCGUGAUCGGCAUCGUCGCCGUGCUGUGCGGCGCGACGUGGGUCAUCGACGGGCGCAAGCGGUUCCACGGACCGGGCGACUUGGAAGAGCGUCUUGCCGUGGCGCGCAGCGCGUCGUAG